GAGAGAUAAAAUAUUGAAAACACAGACAACGGUGGCGUACGUAAGAAAGCCACAUCGUCUCUCUCUCUCUCUCUCUCUCAUAUUCUAUUUAGUUCUGUUUCACUUUCUUCUCUCUCUUCUCCACUCUUUUACUUUCCCAUAGCUCGUAAAUAUUGGUUGAAUUAUCGGCUCCGCAACCAUGAAAUGAUCGCUUAAUACACUGAUAACUUAAUUUAAUUCGUCGAGAUUACUGUGUUUGCUUCUUACUCAAUCGAUAUAUAGUUUUCCGUUGCACAAUUUUUCUUCAUCUCCUGCUAUUCAGAAAAUGGCAGGACAAGUUGUUGGUAAUCGGCCUGCGCCUUCGUUUGAUUUUGUGAUGGUUGAUGGAGACUCUGGUGAUGUAAGCACAUUAGCUGCAUCAUCUCACCAGAUGACCCCAUGGAUUGAUCCAACAACGAUUAAGCUCAGGCACCGGAUUGGGAGAGGGGCUUUUGGUGACGUUUGGCUAGCCACUCAUCACCGCUCGUCUGAGGACCAUGAUGAGUAUCAUGAAGUUGCUGUGAAAAUGUUGCACCCGGUCAAAGAGGAAAACAUUAGAGAUGUAUUGAAUAGGUUGAGCGAUUUGAUUUUUAAGUGUCAAGGGUUAGAUACGGUUUGUUUGCUCUACGGGCUUUCAGUUAUCAAUAAGAGAAUAUGCAUUGUUAUGCAAUUCUACGAGGGCUCAGUUGGAGACAAAAUGGCUCGCCUCAAUGGGGGGAAGCUGUCGCUUGGGGAUGUUCUGAGGUAUGGAGUGGAUCUGGCUCAGGGAAUAAUGGACCUGCAUGCGAAAGGGAUCCUUAUUCUCAACCUCAAACCUUAUAAUUUCCUGUUGAAUAGUAACGACGGGGCAGUUGUUGGAGAUAUUGGUAUCCCUUAUGUGUUGUUAGGGAUUCCAUUGCCUAGUACAGACAUGGCUCGAAGACUUGGCACUCCGACCUAUAUGGCUCCGGAGCAAUGGCAGCCAGAAAUAAGAGGUCCUAUAUCUGUUGAGACUGAUUCGUGGGGAUUUGGUUGCAGUAUAUUGGAGAUGCUUACUGGAACACAGCCGUGGAGUGGUAAAUCGGUUGAGGAGAUAUACAAGUUAGUCGUGACAAAGCAAGAAAAACCUCAUAUUCCCAGCGGCCUCCCUCCUGCAGUCGAGAAUGUCAUUUUUGGUUGUUUUGAGUACGACUUCAGGAGCCGCCCUGUGAUGGCAGAUAUUUUACAUGCUUUCAAGAGUUCGCAGAAUGCAGUUUCCCAGGACGGAAGCUGGACAGGUCUCGGAAGUAGAAUGAUCAGAGACAAGCCGGGUGGUGGUGGGUAUACAGAGUGGUUCCUUGCGAAGGAUCACCUGCAAAUCGGGGAUGUGGUCCGGUCUAGGAAAGCCCCAAACUCAUGCAGCCCCAAAAAUAUGGAUGUGCCCGAAGGGGCUGUGGUGGGUUUGGAACGGGAUACGGACCAAGAUGGAUAUGUCCUGGUGAGGGUGCAUGGAGUUCAUGAUCCGAUACGGGUUCAUGUUUCUGCAUUGGAACGAGUCACUUUUGGCCUGGCUGCAGGCGACUGGGUUCGCCUAAAGAAAGAAGAGAAGAAGCAGUCGCCCGUUGGUGUCCUUCAUUCAGUACACCGCGAUGGAAGUGUAGCUGUUGCGUUUAUAGGACUGGAGACCCUAUGGAAGGGUGAGUAUUCGCAGUUGGAGAUGGCGAAACCUUAUUGUACGGGGCAGUUCGUGAAGCUUAAGUCGAGCGUGUUCAGCCCGCGAUUCGAUUGGCCUCGUAGGCGAGGGGGUGACUGGGCGACCGGCCGGGUUUGUCAAGUGCUGCCUAACGGGUGCCUCGUUGUCAAGUUCCCCGGCAGGCUGAGCAUAGGGAAAGAGGACACGAGUUGCCUCGGCGAUCCAGCCGAAGUCGAGCUCGUCUCGUUCGAGACCUCCCCCGGGCUGGUGAAGAAGUAUCAACAUCUAGAGGACUUCCACUGGGCCGUGAGGCCACUGUUGAUCGCGUUGGGGCUGUUUACCGCCAUGAAAAUGGGACUCUUUGUCGGAAAGAAGGUCGGGAGAGGAGGCCGGUUGAAGGUAAAGGAUCCUCUGUUCCAAAACGACGUUCAUGUUGCCAACGCCGGCGACGGCAACGGCAGCGGAAACGCGGCGUGGCGUCCGCCGAAGGUGGCUAACAUUUUCAGGUGAUGGCUCUUUACCAAAGAACCCAACUGUGAAAUCUGCAUAGUAGCUGUACAUGAACAGGAAUGGAAGCAAAGUUGAUGAGUUGGAAACCAUCAAUUUCUCUCUGAAUUAGCAAAUUAUAGGAACUCGACUUUGUAUGUGUGAAUAUAUUUGUUGAUGGAUGUCUUUUCUUUUCCUUAUUUA